AUGUUCACCUUUGUUGUUUUCUCUUGCACGAUCUUUGCUGCGAUUCCGGCAAGCACUUUCAACGUCUCAUUAUCUCUCGCUGCUCCAUCCAACGCGUCCUUCGUGUCUCCUUCUUACCUCUCGUUCUCAAUCGAACAGGAUCGUUGGACAGAUUGGACCGGGCUCGACACUAGGAAUGAGUUCUUUUACAAUGCUCUUACAAACAUUGAAGAUAUUGCUGGCGAACCACCCAGGCUGAGAAUUGGCGCAGACUCAGCAGAUCGUACUAAUUUUCAAUCAGGCCUCAAGGAAACCGAAUCCGUUUUUGAGUCUCCGACCUCGACUACGCCAUACCCUGAAGCGGACUCUGACGUCGUGGGCGAGGCAUUCUACCGUGCUGCUAGGCAUCUUCCGCCUGGCACCCACGUUACCUGGGGGGUCAACUUGAGAGAGUUGAAUGCUACUGGUGCAUAUUUAGAAGCUAAAGCGAUCGCGGAUGCUUUCAACUCAUUCCCUGCCUCAAGUGGCCUUGUCCUGGAUGCCUUAGAAAUUGGAAAUGAGGCAAACGAUUACGUUGAAGAUUAUUUCGGGUCUGAUAAUUACAGCGUUGCCCAAUACGUCUCAGAGUGGACCACUCUGGUAGCCAAUGUGUCUGCUGUCGUGCCAAUAAAUGAGGACAACACUAUCAAGUUUUGGGGAGGUUCUUUUGCUUCCGCGAACCACUCCACCAGCGAUUGGACUCCACAACAGCUUUUUGACAAUGUAUUGUUGUCUUCAUCUGCGGGGAUGCAAAUUGAUACCUACUCCCAACACCUGUACAACGGCGUCGCCACCUCUUGCGGCACCAUUUCUAACUGUCUCCAAGACCUCAUGACAAAAGAGUAUAUCCGUGGUAAUAUGUCUGCAUUCACCGCCGAUAUCGCAGUGGUAAAGGCCGGAAACUCUCGCUACCUUGAGUCUGUCAUAUCGUUUACCGUUUUUCAGGGCGCUCCGGGUAUCUCCAAUUCAGCUGGGGCCGUAUUGUGGGCUUUGGAUUAUGUCUUCUUCGCUUCACAACUAAGCGUCGACAGACUCUUCUUCCACGAGGGUGUCGGAUACAGAUACAACUUUAUCCAACCUGUCACACUCAACAUCUCUAUCAUUGAUGGAACUACUCUGGAUGAACCUCUCCCACCUCACGUACAACCCUUGUACUACGCCGCCAUCAUCAUCGCGGAGGCUAUAGGCAAAAAGGGCAACGUCUCAGUUGCGGAAAUAUCUUUGAACAGUACCACCGUCUCUGGAUACGCUUUUUACACAAGCAAAGGGGAGGUAUCCAAGGCGCUGUUCAUUAAUUCGGAGGGAUAUUUCACUAAUACGACCACCGAGCGAACGAGUGUUCAUCUUGACUUGGAUUUUGUGAAUGGGACUAACACUGGGAAUGCGCCUUCUGAAAUGACCGUGAAGCGUUUGGAGAUAGGCUAUGCGGAUGACACCAGUGGACUGACUUGGGGUGGUCAGACAUACGAAACCUCCGACGCACGAGUGAGCGGAAACCACUCCGUGGAACGUUAUGAUAUAUCCAUUGGAAUUGAUCUCCUCGCGACGCAGGCGGUUUUGGUGACAUUUACGAAUUAG